AUGUAUCUGGAACCAAAGCAAAGCAGCAUUUCUGAUCUCCUUCUUCUGGGCUUCUCUGAGCGGCCAGAGCAGCAGCCUCUUUUGUUUGGGCUCUUUCUGGGCAUGUACCUGGUGACGAUGUUGGGAAACGUGCUCAUCAUUCUGACCAUCAGCUCUGAUUCACACCUCCACACACCGAUGUACUUCUUCCUGGCCAACCUGUCCUUCACUGAUACCUCCUUAGCUUGCACCAUUGUCCCCAAGGUGCUGGUGAACAUCCAGACACAGCACCACACCAUCUCCUACAUGGGUUGUCUCAUGCAGAUGUACUUCUUCGUGGCAUUGACAUUGCUGGAUGACUUCCUGCUGACCAUGAUGGCAUAUGACCGCUAUGUGGCCAUCUGUCUUCCUCUCCAAUAUACCACAAUCAUGCAGCCUCAAUGCUGCCAGCUGCUAGUGUCUGCAUCCUGGCUCUGCUCCCACGUUCUGACCUUUUUACUCAUUCUCCUAAUGGCUCAAUUAUCUUUCUGUGCCUCUCACUCAAUCCCACACUUUUUCUGUGACCUUCUACCACUCCUCAAGCUUGCCUGUUCAGACACCCAUACCUUUCAGAUUAUGAUAUUCAUUGAAGCUGUCCUCGCAGGUGUGGUCCCUUUCAUCUGUGUCCUGGUCUCUUAUGCCCACAUCAUCCACACCAUCCUCAGGGUCCCCUCUGCUGGAGGGAAGCACAAAGUCUUUUCUACCUGUGUCUCUCACUUGACUGUGGUCACUCUCUUCUAUGGGACCCUCUUUCUUGUCUAUUUUCAGCCAUCAUCCUCCUACUCAGCAGAUAUUGGAAUAGUAGCAUCUGUGAUAUACACAAUGGUCACUCCCAUGUUGAACCCCUUUAUCUAUAGCCUGAGGAACAGAGACAUGAAGGAUGCUUUGUGGAAGCUCCUUGGCUGGGGAAAAUGCUCUACAUUAUAA